AUGGCAUUGAUGCGGCUUCGUCUCCACUGGAUCCCGUAUGAUGUGCCGGACGACGUUGUGCGUAAGGAAUUGGAGCCGUAUGGCAAGGUCCUGGAAGUGAGCCGGGAGAAGUGGAAUGUUGAAGGCUUCCAAGGGAUCGAAUCAACGACCAGGUGUGCGCGGAUGACACUGAACGAAGGCGGCACGGCCGAUACCAUGCCACACCAGCUUCGGAUCCAAGGUGGUAACGUACUUGUUGUGAUCCCUGGUCGGGCGCCCUUGUGCUUACGCUGUAAGCGCACAGGUCAUAUUCGACGAGAAUGCAGGGCGCCGAAGUGCUCGGAGUGUUUUCGCUUCGGGCAUUAUGGCACCGAGUGUGUCAGGUCGUACGCCAGGGUGGCCAGCGGGGCCGGGACGACCGAGACCAAUGACCACGCCAUGGAUGCCGAGGAAGCGGAGCGUACUAUCCAGGGCUUGGCGCCAGAAGUUUCAACCCCUGCCAAAGAACGCAAGAGUGAAGGAAACAGCUCCUUGGAGGCAGCCAGAGAGAACGGAAGUCAACCGGAACGCGCACCUCCCAGCGGUGCCGACGUGAAACCCUCUGAUGCCGGAGGAGACAAGGAAUCGAACGACGCAAGCACCAACGGACCUUCAGAUAUGGACGACACCAGCGAGUCAACUAAGCGAGCCUUCGAUGACGAUACGGCAGCAGGAAACGGAGCACGCCAACUACACCCCUGGAUGGAACGCACGAAGAAGGGGCGUUACCAGCCCGCGCCCAACAAUCCUAAAGAGGAACGUCGGCGCAGGGAAAGCAAGUAA